AUGGUCAUCAAAGGCUUAAAACAGACUGUGGAGUUUGCAUGUGGUGAAAUCAAGGAUGUGAAAAUGAGAGUGGCUAAAGUUGAAAAGAGUGUGGAAAAGUUAAACCUCAAAAAAGAGAAGAAACUUAACAUCCUCAUUAACAAUGCUGGCGUCAUGGUGUGUCCGUACGGGAAAACAGCUGAAAACUUUCAAAUGCAGGAAUCAACCUCAAAUCUACCAAUCAAAAGCUUCCAAAGCCCCCUAUCUCGUCUCUUAGGUCACUUCCUGUUGACCCACUUAUUGAUUGACCUGAUCAAAAGGUCGACCCCGGCCAGGAUCAUCAAUGUAUCCUCUUUGGCUCACUUCUGGGGUACCAUCAACCUGGACGACAUCAACAGUGAGACGGGCUAUGACAAGAAGAAAGCGUACAGCCAUAUCAAGCUAGCUAACGUCCUCUUCACCCGCUCCCUGGCCAAGAGGCUACAAGGUACGGCUGUGACCGCGUACUCCCUCCACCCUGGCGUCGUUCAGACUGAUCUGUGGCGGCACCUGAACGCACCUCAGGCAGCUAUCAUGAAGAUGAUCAGUCCCUUCAUUAAGACAUCCGUCCAGGGAGCUCAGACCACUAUCUACUGUGCUGUGGACCCUGAACUGGAAACAGAGAGUGGUGGAUGUUACAGGUGAACAGAGAGUGGUGGAUAUUACAGGUGAACAGAUGGAAACAGAUGGUGGUGGAUAUUACAGGUGAACAGAGUGGUGGAUAUUACAGGUGAACAGAG